AUGAGUGCCAGCGACGACGAUGACUUUGAAGAUCCUCCAUCAUCAGUGACUGCAAAGAAAAGAAAGGCUGGAGCACCUGCGCCAAAACCUUCCCCGAAAAAGACAAAACGACCAAGGUUGCAAUCCUCACCACCACCUUCGAGUAAGACCAAGAAGAAUGUUAGUAGUAGGCUACCGAUACUAGAAAACAAUCAGCAAACAAUGCUUAUAUUUGUUGCCAAACAACCACCACCAACUAUUCAAACCCCUGCAAAGUCACUGAACGAAACACAACCAAGACCACCAACAAUAGUUCCCAAUAAAUCAGCCACAGUUCAUGAACGACCAGUAGCACCACAUCCAGUAUUACAACCUCAUGUAUCAACGGACGAUGACACAGAUGAUGCUGCUACAAUAGCAAUGCUUGAAAGCUUGGCCGCAGAAGAACAGCUAUCUGAAGGAGAUGACGAUGAUUUACGGCAUGAGACCGAAUAUGAGAUUCAAGAGGAACCAAUCAGUCAAUUGCGAUGUCCUGUUUGUGAUGUAGUCCUAGAAGCCGAGUCGGCAGAAAAGCAUGUAAAUAAAUGUCUCGAUGGUAGUGGUGGUAAAAGUGAACCUUCGUCAAGCUCAAAACCACUUUCGAAACCUGGGCAACAGUCUCUCAUGUCGUUUUUCGGCGGUGGUGCAUCUAGCAGCAAUGGCGAUAGUAAUAACAAACCGGCUGCUGUAAAUAGUAGUAGUACUAAUAGUGGUGGUAAAUCGACCGCGGAGAUCGCUUCGAGCAGUAGCCAUUCUAUCACAACAACCACUACAUUCGUCGCUUCGCCGAUACCAACAUUCAAACGAAGUACGACUUCCACGUCAACCACCUCAAUAGUAUCGGGUGCUUCUAGUGCAACAGGUGAUUCCAAGAAAUCGUAUUGGAAUAAAACUGGAAAGUCGGCACCGUUCUACAAGAAGCUACCCGGAACCAAAUUCACCGUUGAUGCAUUCAGCUAUGGCCGUAUUGAAGGCUGUACUUCAUACUUUCUCUCACAUUACCAUUCAGACCAUUACGGUGGACUGACUAAAGCAUUCACACAUGGCAUCAUCUAUUGCUCAAAAGUCACUAGCAAUUUAGUAGUGAAUCAGCUCAAGGUUCCACCGAAAUAUGUCAAGGCUCUUCCAAUGAAUGAACGAGUGCAAGUUGAGAAUGUGUUUGUCACGCUCGUUGAUGCUAAUCACUGUCCUGGUGCUGUCCUCUUCCUCUUUGAGGUGCCUCAGGCCAAUGGUAAAAUGUCAACAUACCUACACACUGGUGAUUUCCGAGCCUCUCCUCAACACAUCGCCAAUCCGAUAAUCAAUUCGCAACGUCUCGACCUGUUAUACCUGGACACGACAUACUGUAAGCCCGCACAUAAAUUUCCACCACAAGACGCUGUAGUGAGAGCUGUAAGUGAGCUUGCUAGACGCGUAGUCCUGAACAACGAAACAGUGCAAGACAUCGUAAUGGGCAAACCCGUAGAUACCAGUAAAGUCGACAAGAGCCCACCAAGCAUGAUGAAGCGGUUUCUGUCAAAAGCCAAUCCCUUGUUUGGUACUCCAAAAAAAAAGAGCCGCACUUUGUUUGUUUGUGGGACGUAUCUUAUUGGCAAGGAGAAGGUGUUCGUUGGGAUUGCGAAAGCAAUCUCGUCAAAGAUUUAUGCCGAUGCAAAUAAACGGAGGAUCCUCACAUUGUUGGAAGAUGGCGAUAUUGAUUCGUUGCUGACGGGUAAUGCCGAUGAGGCUGACGUUCAUGUUGUUGGAAUGGGAGGUCUCAACAAGGAGGCGCUAACAAAGACCCUUGAAGCCAACAAAUCUGUUACUUCGAUCAUUGCAUUACGUCCAACUGGUUGGACAUUUAGACCUGACAAGUACCAGUCAGCAAAUGAUUUGAAGCCAUUCACAGUCACGAGUCUCAAGCCAUCAUAUCCUACUCCACAAAUCACUAUAAUGGGCGUACCGUACAGUGAACAUAGCUCAUUCCUUGAACUGGCUAGUUUUGUCACGAGUUUGAAUAUUGGAAAGGUUAUUCCUACGGUCAAUAUGGGAAAUCCGAAAAUGAGAGAGGAAAUGAAUCGCUGGUUUGAAGCAUGGAAGAUGCAACGACUUGACAGGCUGAUGGUUGCAGAUGUUGAGGAUGAUGGUGACGAUUUGAGAGAGUACUUGAGUCAGGCUGUGCCUGCUGACGAUGUAGAUGAAAAAGGAUGCAUCAGAGGAGAGGGUUGA